UUUAACAAGUUGUUUGUUUUUACCAAGUAGCCUGUACUGGCUUUUGGUUGUGGCGCCUUAAUUUUAUGAGUAUCGUUUUGGAAAGGCUUGCUUCUUUGCUUCAGCUUGUCUUAGCUUUCCACUUUUUCAUCAUUGUGCAUCUCACAAACUAGUGCAAUUUCAGGGCCCACGCAGGAUGCAGUCCUUUGCCUAAGCCACCUUGCUGUGGCCAUGGAGAAAACUGCUAUGCCAGGAAGUCAGUUCUCUUAACUGACCCCUUGGUUAAGCCUUAUUCUGGGACAGUUUGUUCUGAUUGUAAUUCACUUCUUGUUCUGACUGUAAUUAAGCAGUGCAGCCGAGAAGACUAGUAUGUUUUUUUCCUCUGCCUAAAGACAAUGAAUCUAAACGGAGUAACCUGGUAUAUAAACUAUUCAAAACACGUUACUCCUACUUCCCUCUGAUACUAAGAUGCCUGAAGUAAGCUUUGAAUUUGCAGGCAGUCAAGCCUGUUUCCUCUGGCAAGAGGUUUGAUCUGAACUGGCAUGCUGGUCCCUGGAGAGCUACUGUGGGUUUUUUUUGCAGGGCUCGGGUCUUGCCUACAGCCAAUAUCACUGGAUCUUUUUUUAAAGGAUCUGACUAUCCCUCAUUUCUACCCUGCUAUCAGAACUUGUACCUUCUGUGGAAGUAAAGUGCAAAGUGAUUCCUGUAGGAAUAAAUACUCUCCUGUAAUUCUGUAAUGUAUCUGAGAGCACCAUUCUGGAAGAGGCAUAUAAGAGUUAAACCCAAGCAGCUGCUGCUUUAUUUGAAGUGGCUUGUAAUUUUCUUCCUUUGAUGCAAAGUGGGGAAUGUAAUCAAGAUGGCUGAAUAGAGAAUUUUAAGUAUAUUUUGGUGAGACAGCAGGGAAGGGAAAUAGAGGGCAGCUUCUUGCUGGGUGAGGAAAUUAAAUACAAAAACCUAGAGCUGAAUUGCCACCAAACUGGAACCUUAUCAUAUUUGAGUGCUGUUUAAAAUAGUACUUAACUUGAUUCUCAGAAAAAAUAGCAGGUGCUUAUGUGAGGAAAUGGUGCAACUGUUUAGGAAUAUAAUGCAGCAGAACAGUUUUCUCAGUAGAGAAGAUUGCAUCUAACAGGCAGGAGUAGCUGCCUGUAUUUUGUUUGAGUAACUGUACUUUGCUUGCUUACAACAGCAGAGUUAACGGUCCAUCCUUCAUUGCGUGUCCUCUGAGAUGCACAGAACUUGGGUAAUGUAUUGGAUCCCUUCCCAUCCCAUCUUCCCCCGCCAACCCAGCUUUGAAUGUCUGCUUCAGUGUAAGUUGUGUGCAAGGGUGAGAUCCUUUCUUGGAUGUUUUUAAGCUCCUAAGGAGGAGGAAGGCUUCCUCGUAUCUUGAGGAAUGAUUUCCUGGAAUGCCUCCCGGCUUAGCACGUGCAACCUAAGUGUGCCGUGAGCUCCUAGUCUAAGCCUCUGCCAUGAUUUAAUGCUGUAUGACAGGUCAUCUGCCAUCGCUGCUGUCUUGAAGAGCAGUGAAAGCAUCCUGUUGUUUGUGUCUUGCAACUUAGAUCUCAAAAAUAUUUGUGCCCUGUAGAGGGAAUAUGAGAAAAAUGCCCUUUGGGGCAGAGAUGACACCGCAUCUGCAUGCAUCCUUGCACGGGUUAGUGCACUGCCAGGGUCCUGUGGUGUCUGGGCAGCUACAUGGCCCUCCUUUUCCUCUGAUGAAAUUCUGGUAAGGAGGAAGGGAGCUGGCCUGACACAAAAGACCCAGGUGGAAGUGCUGAGCCAUGAGCCGGCUGUUGGUGCCAUCUAGCUGCUCUUCCUGGCAUAGGCACUUGGCAGGAGCAGGCUGCAGACGGUGGAACUAAUGAGGCUUAAUUAAACAAAGCCUUCAGAAGUAAAUGCUGUGACAUGCUGGCAACAAGUUUCUUUAACCUGUCACAAAGCAAGCGUGCUGUUUACUUUAGGAGUAAGCUGCUUGGUGCUGUAUCUUCAAGAGAAUAAUUGCACUCUUGUUUGAAAGUUGUUCUUGGGCAGUUCCUGCUCUAGCUGGGCUUAUGCAAAGCCUGGGUCACAGAAUCAAGUUAAUUAAAUCUCAGUGCAGCUGAGCUGACACUGUAUAGAUUGGCUGCUGCUUUCUUCAGAAGUGGUGUACGUGACAGGCAAAGGCAGAGGUCAUCAUGAUACACUACAGCAACUAUCAAAUGUAAUGAGUGAAUUAAUGCUGAGCUGCCUGGUUGUUUUUUCAGUUUGAUUUGGAAAGCUUUCGCUGUUCUUUCCCACCUUGGCCAGUUUACCAGCAAGGCUUUUCUCAAAAGCAGGUCCCCGUUUAAGCAGCCCUUACAGAACUGGCUCUUGAGGAAACUUGCCUCCUGAAGGAUUUUUCUGACAUUUCUUGAUCAAAGGAGCCCUUUUGCUUACAGAGUGGCUUUAGUUACAAAGUGAUGGAUUCCAAGUGCUUCCAAGACUAACCCGUGCCUUAGUAGGUCAGACAUGGUCCCUAAUACUGUGGUGUUUUUCCCCUCAACAUAAGAAGGGAGAGUCUUGCAGAGCCAUUUGCUUGUCAGUCUGGAGUGAGAUCUUUAUGGCGUAGGAAGAGGAGUAGUUUUAGGGGGGAUAGCCCUGCUCAUUCCUCCAGAGCUGCCCCCAGUUCUGCAGUACCACGACGCUUGUGAUUGCUGCCUUUCGGUCCCAGCAGACUACCAGGCCGUCCCCCCACCUUUGGCACGACAGGCAAGGCAGCAGGCUGGGGCUGUCUGGCUCUACUCGGCCCUUGGGUGAGAAGGAAGAGCAGUUCCUGUGCUUUUGGAGGAAUGGUUGGUAAGGAUAGCAAGGAGACCUCUUGGGGGUGACUGCUGUUUGCUGACAGGGCUGGGUACUGUGCUGGAGAGACAUCCUGAUUUUCUGGUUAAUGUUUUCAGCUGUCAGUCGAUUGCUAAUGUGGAAUUAGCUAGGAAUUAAUGUGGAAUUAGCUAGGCAUUAAAGAAAGAAUGGUGAACUUGAAAGAGAAGCUACCUUGUAUCACUUUACUGAAAGUACUCAUGUUUAUUAAGGAUAAAAAAAAACUAUCAAAGCUGUGUUCAGCAUCCUCUUUGGUUCUACACAUAACCCCUACUGAAAGAAAGACUGUCUGAAAACUGUGUUGUCUGAUACUUUCAGAAAGAAAAAAGUUUCAGAUUUGUACAAGCUUUUUUGUGUGUGUGGUUUUUUUCCUUUUUUUUUCUGUGGACUUGAAGGAACUUUGCAGUGGAAAGUAAAUGCCAGUUUUGCAUCACUUGCAGCUGGGCAGCUCAGGCCAGGGGGGAGUAACUGCCUUAGGGUCAUAUAUCUGAGCCGUGGCUCAAUGCCUGUGCAGUGAAUUUAGGCAUCUCUUAUUCAGAGAUGAAGCACACUGAAUUUCUAUCCUGAUUUGCAUUGAAGACCCUCAAAUCCCACUUGAAUGUUUGUUAUUUUACCCCUUCAAUCCUAUCACCUAAUUCCCAAGCAACUUACCCUGUCAGCUGCGGACUCCCAAUGCCAUGUUCUUCUUGGCUCACAGAGGACCAACCUGGUGAGUAGAGGACCUGGUGUGCGGGCAGAGAGGGAUCUCACCUGUGUGAAAUCCAGAGGCAAUUAGCAACAGAGGGAAGAGCAGACAGCAGAGCAGCCUGGUUUAUGAGCAGAGAAGGUCCGUCUGCAAGAGCAGAGAGAGCUCAGAUUCCCUCUUGCGUCUGGCAGCAAGUCUCAGCCUGGCCAGUGCAGAAGGGAUUGACUGGGAUUCUGUAGCAGGCAUCAGAUCAACAACGGAUGAAGAGCUGCUGAGAGAGGAGAGGGAGGAAGACUUGCAACAAAGCCUUCCCAGCCCGCUCAAGUGCCGGAGGUGAGUGCCAGCUCUUUGUGAGCGACAGGCUGCAAAGAAAGAAAAGUGGGGUGGGAGGCAAGAGGGAGAAAAACAAACGCCACGCUGUCAGCUGGAGACUUGGAAAGGAGUGAGAGCUUCAAGCACUUUUCCUUGUGCUGGGUCAUCUGGCAGAGUGUGAGAGCUGGGAGGAUUGCAGUUGGUGCUUCCGAGAUGUCAGCGGAGCAGUAAAAAGGGGUUUUGGAUGCCGAUGGGGACUUGAACAGCUGUGAAACCUCUCCAGGGACUGGAACAAAGGGGAACCCAUGGAUGGGUUUUACUCCUCCGUGGAAGGAGAUGGGCAGGAUGUGAUCAAUGACACCAGUAGUAGGAAGAGCUGGGCAGAGGAAGGCAACUCCGAGUUGUCCUUCCGUGUGGUGACAGCAGCGUUACUCUUCCUUCUCAUCCUCACCACGCUCCUGGGUAACACCCUGGUGUGUGUCGCAGUGGUCAAGUUCAGACACUUGCGCUCUAAGGUCACCAAUUUCUUUGUUAUCUCCUUGGCAGUUUCUGACCUCUUUGUGGCUGUACUGGUGAUGCCCUGGAAGGCUGCCACCGAGGUGGCCGGGUUCUGGCCCUUUGGGGCUUUCUGUGAUGUUUGGGUGGCUUUUGAUAUCAUGUGCUCCACAGCCUCUAUCCUCAAUUUGUGCAUCAUCAGCGUGGACCGUUACUGGGCCAUUUCCAACCCCUUCCGCUAUGAGAGGAAGAUGACGCAGCACGUGGCUUUCAUCAUGAUCGGAGUGGCUUGGCUACUGUCCCUCUUGAUUUCCUUCAUCCCUGUGCAGCUGAAGUGGCACAAGGAUCGUGAGCUCCUUAGCCAACAGGAGCCAGGUUUUAACAUCACCGGGGAGGAGGAGAACUGUGAUGCCAGCCUCAACAGGACUUACGCCAUCUCAUCUUCUCUCGUUAGCUUCUACAUCCCUGUUGCCAUCAUGAUUGUGACGUACACCCGCAUCUUCCGCAUUGCCCAGCGGCAGAUCCGCAGGAUUUCCUCCCUGGAGAGGGCGGUGGAACAUGCCCAAAACUGCCACAGCAGUGACUGCCCUCACGACGCCUCCCUGAAGAACUCCUUCAAGAAGGAGACUAAGGUCCUCAAGACCCUCUCUAUCAUCAUGGGCGUCUUUGUCUUUUGCUGGCUGCCCUUCUUUGUGCUCAACUGCAUGGUGCCCUUCUGUAAUCUCGACCUUCGUGAGCCAGGAGAGCUACCUUGUGUCAGCAAGACUGUCUUCAACAUCUUCGUCUGGUUCGGGUGGGCCAACUCUUCCCUCAAUCCUAUCAUCUAUGCCUUCAAUGCAGACUUUCGGAGAGCUUUUGCAACCAUCCUGGGCUGUGGCUGCCUUUGCCCCAGCAAUGCAGUGGAGACGGUGAACUUCAGCAAUGAGCUGGUCUCCUACCACCAUGACACCACGUAUCAGAAGGAAGUGGUGACCCUCAGCUACCCCCAGCUUCUCCCUCAUGCUCCUCUGCAGAUGGAAAACAACGAGGUGUCCUUUGACAAGGUUUCUCAGGUCUCUGAGCCCUCUCACAACAUCUGCCCUGUGGAUGCCUUGCCUGCAGUGAUGCACGUGGAGUGUGAAACGGCUGUCUCGCUGGAGAAGAUUACACCUUUCACCAGCAAUGCAUUCGAUUGAGACAGGGUUGGGAAAAGGGUGGUGGGAUGGUCUUGAGGAGAGAUGGAAGCAGGGACACUAUUGCAGUUGCCUAUUUUCUGAGGAGUUUGAGGAUAACGUGGAUAUUGCAUGCUCUGCCUGGGCAGGAGUUUGCAUUAAUAAGUGUGGAAUAGCCAGAGUGAUUUUCCAGAUGGCUCAAGGGGUUUGGAUACGUGUUUUUGUAACUCACAGUUUCAGACCCAGCCCAAGUGGGCAGUAGAGAUCUCUGUUGCUGCUCUCUAGUUGACCCGUGGAAAAAUGUCUUCUGCAAAAGACGAAAAUGCAAGGGCUCAAAUUCCACUUUCCUUGUGACUUCAGCUGAGAAAGCAAAGACUUGUGUGGUCUACUGAGCCUCUCCAUAGUCAGUGAAGUAAAAACGCAGCUGUGCUUGUGGGGAGAGAGGCUGGUUUUGCCACUGCCCGUGUCCAAAAGGCCAUCAGCCCAAGGCUGCUAAAUGGGCACGAGCCAAAUGCAACUGCUUGCUUGGUGAUAACUGCUGCUGGCAGAACUAGAUAAUCCUGCCUUGUGCUCAGUGGGACAAUGCGUAGCAGCCUUUAGCUAGGGAAACCCACGUUCCUAGUGGGCUGUGCAGGAAGGAGUUGAUGGCCUUGCUAGGGUAACUCUCUUUAGGCUCACCUCUGACUGUCUCUCUUGCUCAGGCAAAUUAUCCUGCAGGUCUGGACAGGUAUGCAGCCACCUCUCCUGGAGCCCCAAGGCUGUGCUUGGUAGCAGCUUGUCUGGAGCGUGUUGCAGGGAAGGAUUUGGCAUGCUAAAGGUGUUCUCUGGCCCCUGGAGCAAGAGCCAGCCUCUCUAAGCU